AUGUACCCACAGGGCAGGCAUCCGGUCCCCUUGCAGCCUGGCCAGUCUUUCAAGUUCACAGUCCUGGAAACUCUGGACCGUAUAAAGGAGGAAUUCCAGUUCCUCCAGGCGCAGUAUCACAGCCUGAAACUGGAGUGUGAGAAGCUGGCCAGUGAGAAGACUGAGAUGCAGAGGCACUACAUCAUGUAUUAUGAAAUGUCCUAUGGUCUUAACAUUGAGAUGCACAAGCAGGCGGAGAUUGUCAAGCGUCUCAGUGCCAUCUGUGCUCAGAUCAUCCCUUUCCUCUCUCAAGAGCACCAGCAACAGGUGGUCCAAGCAGUGGAGAGGGCCAAGCAGGUCACCAUGGCUGAACUCAAUGCCAUUAUUGGGCAGCAGCAGCUCCAGCACCUGUCUCACCAUGCCCCUGGCAUCCCCCUGACGCCACACCCAUCAGGCCUGUCUCUGGGUGCAGGAAGCUCAGGGCUUCUGGCGCUGACUGGGGCCUUGGGGGUCUCAGCCCACCUUGCCUCUAAAGAUGACCGCAACCACCUUGAUGCUGAACAUCUCCGAGAGGGAGCACCCAGCAGGAGUAAGUCAGUGUCAUCAACAGACAGUCAGCCCACCGAGGAGCGUCAGGGCCCGUCAGGAGGUUACUCCUCCUCGCAGGGAGGAGCAGAGGCCAAGAGGAGGCGCUGUGAUGACAAAGAGUCCCUCCCGCCACACUCAUAUGACAGUGAUGGAGACAAGAGUGAAGACAAUCUGGUUGUAGACGUCUCCAAUGAGGAGCCCAACUCUCCUGCGGGCAGCCCUCCUCACUCCCCCCAUGGGAAUGGGUUAGACCGGGCUCCUACCCUAAGGAAAGAGCUGCCAGGCUCCUCAGGCACAGGAGAGGCCCCUUCCACCCCAAACCCCUGCAGCCCCACCCCAGGAAAGGGCAAGGAUCCCGCACAGAUGGAUAAGUCCCAGUCUCCAUUGUCUAAGUCUGGCACCCCAUCCCCGUCCCACCGUGAUGCCCUUACCCCUGGAGCACCAGGAGCCCCUGGAGCUCCCGGUCCCAGCACCUCCUGCCUUCGCCUGGUCAGCAAAGCAGCAUCUUCUGCAGACCCCCUUGCUCUCCGCAGUCCCAUGUCUGUGCCCCCCGGUUCAUACCCGGCUCAUUUUGGCGUGGUGUCCCACGCAGGACUGAAUGGGGAACUGGCCAGCCCAGGAGGUUUUGGUGGGGCUCUUACUCUCUCCCCACAAAUCAGCGCAGCAGCCAGCGCCUACUCCCGAAGCCCCAUGGUGCCGUAUGACUCUCGGUCUCACCUGAGGGCCCCAGGGCUGUCCUCCUCUCUGUCUGGAUCAUCUGGUGGCAAGCCUGCCUACUCGUUCCACGUGAGUGCAGACGGCCAGAUGCAGCCGGUGCCCUUUCCCCCUGACGCCCUGCUGGGCCCGGGAAUCCCUCGCCACGCCCGGCAGAUUCACACCCUGAACCACGGAGAAGUGGUGUGUGCUGUCACCAUCAGCACCUCCACACGCCACGUCUACACGGGAGGCAAGGGCUGCGUCAAGGUGUGGGACAUCAGCCAGCCAGGAAGCAAGAGCCCCAUGGCCCAGCUGGACUGUCUGAACAGGGAUAACUACAUUCGUUCCUGUAAAAUCCUCCCUGACGGACGGACCUUGAUUGUCGGCGCGGAAGCCAGCACGCUGUCAAUCUGGGAUUUGGUGACGCCCACACCACGCAUAAAGGCGGAGCUGACGUCGUCUGCUCCCGCCUGCUACGCUCUGGCCAUCUCCCCUGACAACAGUUGCUUCUCCUGCUGCAGCGACGGCAACAUCGUCGUCUGGGACCUUCACAACCAGACCUGGCAGUUCCAGGGUCAAGCGAGCUGCAUCGACAUCUCCAACGACGGCACCAAGCUGUGGACGGGAGGGCUGGACAACACAGUCCGCUGCUGGGACCUCCGAGAGGGACGCCAGCUCCAGCAACAUGACUUCACCUCGCAGAUCUUCUCUGGUUACUGUCCAACAGGCGAGUGGCUGGCUGUGGGAAUGGAGAGCAGCAACGUGGAAGUCCUGCACGUUUCCAAACCUGACAAGUACCAGCUGCACCUCCAUGAGAGCUGCGUUCUCUCCCUCAAGUUCGCCUACUGCGGCAAGUGGUUCGUGAGCACAGGAAAAGACAAUCUGUUGAAUGCAUGGAGGACACCAUAUGGAGCUAGUAUAUUCCAGUCCAAGGAGUCCUCGUCUGUGCUGAGCUGUGACGUCUCCCCGGACGACAAGUACAUAGUGACGGGCUCCGGAGACAAGAAGGCCACGGUGUAUGAGGUGGUGUACUGA